CCUCCAGCCUUUGGACCUCGAAGAGAGGGGCGUGGCUAUGCAAGCGAAGUGGGCGGAGGCUUCCGGCGGGGUUUGGCACUGACGUGGAGAAUCCAGGGGGAGCCUCUGGGGCUUGACAGGUAGAGGAGGCGAGGAGAAAGCCAGCAGGUGGAUGCGGAUGCUGAGCUCGAGGCAGGCGCUUCCGGUAGUUUGGAGCAGUCAGAGUCUCCCACAAGAAACCAUCAAUAAUUUGGAACCAUGUUUGCAGACUUGGACUAUGACAUUGAAGAGGACAAGCUGGGGAUUCCCACUGUGCCUGGAACAGUGGUCUUGAAAAAGGACUCUCAAAAUCUGAUUGGUAUCAGCAUCGGGGGAGGAGCUCAGUACUGUCCCUGCCUCUAUAUAGUUCAGGUAUUUGAUAACAGUCCUGCAGCUCAGGAUGGAACUUUGGCAGCUGGUGAUGAAAUCACAGGUGUGAAUGGGAAGUCAGUCAAAGGGAAAACCAAAGUUGAAGUGGCCAAAAUGAUACAGGUGGUGAAGGGAGAAGUGACGAUCCAUUACAACAAACUCCAGGCUGAUCCGAAGCAGGGAAAGACAUUAGAUAUUGUGCUGAAGAAAGUGAAGCACCGCCUGGUAGAGAACAUGAGCUCAGGGACAGCAGAUGCCCUGGGACUGAGCCGAGCCAUCCUCUGCAACGAUGGGUUAGUAAAAAGACUGGAAGAGCUGGAGAGGACCGCAGAGCUAUACAAAGGCAUGACGGAACACACAAAGAGUCUCCUCAGAGCUUUCUUUGAACUUUCUCAAACUCACAGAGCAUUUGGUGAUGUUUUCUCGGUCAUUGGUGUACGGGAGCCUCAACCAGCUGCAAGUGAAGCCUUUGUGAAAUUUGCAGAUGCCCAUCGCAGCAUUGAGAAGUUUGGAAUCCGCCUUCUAAAAACUAUCAAGCCGAUGCUGACUGACCUGAACACUUACCUGAACAAGGCCAUUCCUGACACAAGGCUAACUAUCAAGAAGUAUCUGGAUGUCAAGUUUGAGUAUUUGUCUUACUGUCUCAAGGUGAAGGAGAUGGAUGAUGAGGAAUACAGCUGCAUUGCGCUGGGAGAGCCUCUCUACCGAGUCAGUACUGGGAAUUACGAAUACCGCUUAAUCCUGCGUUGCCGCCAGGAGGCACGGACGCGCUUUGCCAAGAUGCGGAAGGAUGUGCUAGAAAAGAUGGAGCUGCUAGACCAGAAACACGUGCAAGACAUUGUGUUCCAGCUCCAGCGCUUUGUCUCGACCCUUUCCAAGUACUAUGAUGACUGCUAUGCGGUGCUGCGGGAUGCUGACGUUUUCCCCAUCGAAGUGGACCUGGCACGUACCACGCUGAGCUAUGGCCAGAAGGAUGUCUUCACAGAUGGUGCAGAGGAUGAGGACGAAGAGGAAGGUUGCGGAAGCCGCGAGUGCAACAGGAAGGAGGAAGAGAAUGGCGAGAAGCUCAUUGACGAUGCCUGAGCUCAUGGACUUGAUGGAGUGGGAAAUACCUUCAGAGACUGAUAAAUUCUAUUUCUCUAGGCAACUUGUCCACAUUGACUUUUUUUGUCUGUAUAAGCCCAGUCGGGGAAUCAAGAUUCCUGUUCUGGAUGUGGGCAGUGGGGGUGGGCCUUGUGCCGAAAGUGCUUUUGCACAAUCCCUCUUUCAGAAAACCCUUUCCUCCUUCCUUGUCUCUCUUUCCCCCAAAGCUUACUUCCCAUCCCUGGCAGUGGCAGGAAAGAGACAACUACCUGGGAGAACACCCUUGAACCUCAUCCCAUGGUGGCUCUCUGUGCAGAGGGAUUGUGACUGGAUGUGCAGGACACACACAAACAGACCCUUUCAUUAACUAAAAUGUCAGAAAUGGUUCUUGUGGUCAGCCUGGCCUCCUUGUGCAUCAGCUAAGUCCAAAAACUUGUCCCCAUUCCUGCUUUCCAGUGUGUGAGAAGAAUGGAAGUGGAUAAGUUUGGUCUCCUUCCUUCUUUCUCUUAACUUACCUUGCUGUUAGUAGGCGGGUCUUACAACAUGCCCCUUCCCUACUACUAGGCAUGGCUCUUAUUAGACAAGAAAGGAAUCAGGGUGAAUGGGAGCUGGGUGAAGCCAGAACGAUCAGCCUCUGAGAGACUAAUCAAUAAAGGGCAUCGGAAGGACAUCCAGGAGAAUCAGUUUUUGUCUCUAUCAUUCUUCUCAUCAGGAUCAAGUCAUUAUGGACCAGCAAUAUGGGACUUGACACUGGGGAGAGAUUACCCCGGUUUACAUUCCCAAUCCCCACUGGUUUUAAGGAUCUCACAGCCUGCCUUUUACACUAUCUUGCAUAGGUGCUUUGCUGCAUGAAGUUUUCUAAAACUUAAGCCUUAUAUAGUAUUUAAGAAGGUGUUAGAUUUGGAAAAAAGCAAACAUAUCUUGGGGUGGGGGAAUGAUUAUCCGUGGAAUGAGGCCCAUAGAUUUGCUGAGGUUAAAGAUCAAACAGCCAGUUUAAGCAUUAAAGCUCUCAAUUCCCACACUGCACUUUCAUUACACCUACACAUUUACUUUUAUUCCUUUUGAAAUGCUGCUUUGAGGACAGAGAGCUAUUAUGCGCCUUGACCAGUGUCCGCUCCCCCCUCACUCGCCCACAUGAAUCUCCCGACACCAAAGGAAGAGGGGUGGGGAGAGAAUGCUUGUUUGUUUUCUGAGGAAUUAUUCCAAUCCUGUAUCAUUCUGAUAUUUUUUAAUGCAAUGGAAUGGCAUU